UCGGAGGAUUCGGUCGGCGUGAAAGAGACGUUUCUGUGGCUGUUUUCACUCUGGAGCAGGUUCGAUGCAGCAUAAAAGACUGCCUUAUCUUCUCUUCUACAUGUCUACAUCAACCUUUUUUUCUUUUUUUCCCCCCCCCCUCUCCGUGCUGAUGCAGACUGAAUUCGCAGCUCGUAUGUCUUGAAACCGGGAAUGAAUUCUCCACGUUGAAAAAUGCUGCUUUGGAUCGUUCUGCUGAAUGCGGCUCUUUGUGUUGCCAGUGGAAAUGUUACAAGGGACGUUUGUAAGGAGCAGAUAUGCUCUUGCAACGAGGUGGAGGGAGAUCUGCACAUAGACUGCGAAAAACGGAGCUUCACCACUCUGCAGCAUUUGACUGGCCCCAGCUCGCAGUUCUACCACUUGCUGUUGCACGGGAAUUCUCUGUCCAGGCUAUUUCCCAACGAGUUCGCCAACUUCUACAAUGCCGUGAGCCUGCAUUUGGAAAACAAUGGCUUGCACGACAUUGUCCCCGGCGCCUUUCUGGGACUGCAGCUGGUGAAGAGGCUGCACAUCAAUAACAAUAAGAUACGAUCAUUCAGGAAGAGUACAUUUCUGGGGUUAGACGACUUGGAAUACCUCCAAGCUGAUUUUAAUCUAUUGAGGGAUAUUGACCCCGCCGUUUUCAGGGACCUUAAUAAACUUGAAGUGUUAAUACUUAACGACAACCUCAUCAGCGCGCUACCUAUAAACGUGUUUCAACAUGUGCCCAUCACGCAUCUCGACCUGCGGGGGAACCGAAUCAAAACGUUGCCUUAUGAGGGGAUCCUUGAGCAGAUACCGGGCAUUGCGGAGGUUUUGCUGGAGGACAACCCGUGGGACUGUAACUGCGACCUGGUUUCUCUGAAGGAAUGGCUGGAGAACAUACCGCAUAACGCGCUGAUCGGCAGGGUGAUAUGCGAGGCUCCCACCAGACUGCAGGGGAGCGACCUGAACGAGACGGCGGAGGUGGAUCUGUGUCCUUCACUGAGCGGCGGGCUGGACACCAGCCUGGUGGCCCCGCCCACUCAGGAGGAGACCUCGCAGUCCCACGGCCCGCGUCCCACGCCUUACAAGACCAACGGAGACGCCGGCGGGGCCCCGACGCCCGGCGGCCACGGAUCCAAAGGCCACUCCAAGUCUCGCGAGAACUGGCAGCUGAAGACGAGGCCCACGCCGGUGGUGACGGGCGUCAACGGGGACCGGGAGCAGCUGCACAACGUGACGUGUCCGCAGCCGUGCAGCUGCAAGCUGGUGGGAUCCAGGCAGGGGCUGGGGGUUAACUGCGAGGGCAAGAAGAUCGAGAGCCUUUCCAACCUCAAGCCCAAGCCUCUGGCCGCGCACGAGCUCAACAUGCGAGAUAACAACAUCCACGCGGUGAAGAAGAACCAGCUGCUGGGAUACUCCAGCCUCAAUCUGCUCGACCUGGGCGGGAACAACAUCAAGGUGAUCGACAACAGCACUUUCCAGAACCAGAGCGAGCUCCGCUGGCUGUAUAUGGAUAAGAACUACCUGGAUACGCUGAUCGCAGAGAUGUUCGCGGGCCUCGUGAAUCUGGAAUAUCUCAGUUUGGAAUACAACGACAUCCAGCUGGUCGUGGCGGGAGCCUUCAGCCCCAUGCCGAACCUGCGGGUUCUCUUUCUCAACAACAACCUGCUCAAGUCGUUACCCGCGGAUGCUUUCCUUGGGAUUUCUUUAUCCAAAAUUAGUCUUCAUAAUAAUUAUUUCCCCUAUCUGCCCGUGCCUGGAGUGUUAGACCAGCUCAACUCAAUCAUACAGAUCGAUCUGCACGGGAACCCGUGGGAUUGCUCGUGCAACAUCGUGCCCUUCAAGCAGUGGACGGAGAAGCUGGGAGCCGACGUGAUCGUGAGCGACCUGAAGUGCGAGUCCCCAGAAGAGUUUUGGAAACGCGACUUCCGCUACGUGCGGAACGACCUGCUGUGCCCCAAGCUCUACGACAGGAUCUCCCCCACCUCCCUCUCCAAAAACAGCACUUUCACCCUGGACUCGGGGACGCGCCCGGGGCCAAACUCCUAUUUGGAGCCCAACAGGGUGUCCAUCUCGGUGCUGGUCCCCGGGCUGCUGCUGGUGUUCGUCACGUCUGCGUUCACCGUGGUGGGAAUGCUUGUGUUUAUUUUGCGGAAUCGAAAGCGAUCAAAGCGGAGGGACGGAAACUCCUCCGCCUCGGAGAUCAAUUCCUUACAGACAGUGUGCGACUCGUCUUAUUGGCACAGCGGGCCUUAUCACGCAGACGGCGGUGCGCACCGGGGCUUCGACUGCAGCACGCAUCUCUCCACGACAAACGACGCGUAAACACAAAAAAGAAAAUCGGGGAGAGGGAAACUCUGCUGUAGUCUCGUAGUGCAAUAAGCCCACACCAGACUGGAUUACAAAACAUUCACACGGACAGCGCUGACCUACACUCAUGACUCAGAGCCACAAUCAUCUGCGGCGGUGCGUCACGGCGCGCACGAAAAACUUGUUUAUGUCUUGUUUUCUCCAGUUGAACCAAGUAAGUCAGUCUGCUGCUGCUGCGCAGGCCCCACUCUGUAAUAUAUGUAUAUGCCAAGCCCCCCCACCCUGUGGCUGAUACCACUCCCUCCCUCCUCCCCCCCCCCCCUUCCUCCUCCUCCUCCUCCUCCUCCUCCUCCUCCUCCCACCUCUGCGAUUUGCCGCAAUCGGACUACGGAUCUGUACGAGACAGAAACCAGGGAGGAGGAAUAAAAAGAGAAAAAAAAAGGGAGUGAGGGCGUGUGCGUGCGUGCGUGUGUGUGUGCGCGAGUGUGUGCGGGAAGAGUGAAGCAGGACCGCGGACGCGGAGAAUGGUGCACGAACGCAUGAAUGUAAAUGUAAAUACUCGGACCGAUGUAUCAUAAUCUGCAUGAUGAUUAUUUCGCAUGGUACCAACACGCGCGUGCGUGCGCCCGCGCGUGCGCGCGCGCGCGAGAGACGGCGAGGAAA